AUGGCUACUGGAAACCCAAACGGUUAUCCAUAUAAUACAGAUGGAGUGGAAGCUACGAGAAACUUCUUGAGGCAGGCUCUUACAAGACUUCCUGAAAGAAGUGCAGGAAGGGGUGUCCAGCGUCAGCAGAUGAUGCAACCUGAAAGGAGUGGCCUGCAACCUCUCCAGCUGAUGAUGCAACCUGCUAAUCAAGCACCGAGUGGUGUUCAACCUCUCCAGCAGAUGAUGCAACCUGCUAAUCAACAUCAGCAGAUGAUGCAACCUCGCUCACAAAUGCUUGGUCGUAACACUGCGCAAGUGCAACGGCCAUCCUGGAUGCAAAGAAAAGGAAAAGGGCCCAAAAAGUACAAAAAAGUGAAACUUAGCCUUUGGGAGCACGAGUUCAUCUGUUUAGCUAGUUGUGGCCAGUUGACUCCACCUUCGUCAAUGGAGAAAAUUGAUCUAAUCAGGGCAGGUCUAGGUCCGAAAAAGAUACCAUUCCUUGACUUUGGAGAGCCUUUCGAAUUUCAUGAUGAAAUCACCAGUGCAUUUCCAAAGUUACGCAACGCUGGUGGCUACGAGUUACUACGCACCCAGCAACACAACAAUCGAGAGCUAUUUGUCAUUAGCCCACCAUCUGGCGGAUACACUGCAGAGUAUCUGCGUCGUAUUGUUGGCCAGGCUAAAGUGUUUGUUAGGCCGAUUCAGAAAGACCUGUCAUUGGAUCCACUAGUGGACAAAGAUGACUUGGGAAUAGCUCCUGUUGAAAAGUGUAUGCACUGCGAGAAGUCAGUACCAAUGCAGUACCAAUGCACCUGUUGAGAAGCCACAUCAAAGCUUGUGUCAGGGAUAACAAGUGCUCCCCACCUGAAGCAGGUGAGUGUUCGGAGUAUUUACGAAGUGGGGGUUACAUUCCUUCUGAGAUGGAGGAAUUCCUAGAAGAUGGCUGCACACGGUCCCCUACUUCUCCAACUGCUCCCCCAUUUUCUCCAAUAACGCCAUGCCAAGGGGCUAUCUCAACUGCUACACAAGUGUUGAUUUGUUUGAAAGUGAUGUGUCAGAAGCAAUUUCGAGAAGCCUUCAAGAUGCUGUAGAAGGGUAUGUGUUAGACGUGAUUUUUUGGCAAAUUAUUGUGUGUAGCGUGGAGGAAGUUGACACACUGCAGGAUGUAGUGGUGAUGUUGCAGCAAAAAAAUGGUAUCAAGCUUCCGAGUACUGAUGAGGAGUGGGAUAUGACCCCUCGUUGUAGCUUAGAUGUAAGGAGGAGUCAUGUGGUUGUUGAUGGUGUGAGAGCAGCUGAAAAGAAGCGAUUCAAUUCUACUAACCUACUUCGGGUUCACUUUGUUGGUGAAGAGGGUGUUGAUACCGGUGGUCCUUCUAGAGAAUUCUGGCGUCUGUUUGCCAGUGGUGUUUCUUCUUCUUACUGUGUUACUGUGUGUCCAAUGAUAGCGGUGAAUGUUUCCUAGACAAGAAUGUACCUACCAGCUCUGCAGCGGGGUGACUUUAAAGCUAUUGGAAUGUUGAUUGCCAUGUGUAUUGUGCAAGGUGGUUCGGGCUUACCAGUACUGCACCCUUCCGUCUACAAUUAUAUUGCUACCGGUCAGUAUAUUGGACAAGUGGUUAAUGACAAGGAAGUUGCAGAUUCAGAAGUUCAGGUUUUGCUAGAGCAGGUAAGGUUGUAUAUUUAUAGUAAGUAAAGUACAAGCUGAGAAAGCAGACAAAGACGAAGACCUUACAUUUCUAUUUGAUGACGACAAUCCAGACAAGGCUAACGAUUCCCUUGUGUGUGAAACUGGAUUCCGUAAGGCAUUAUGUUUGCUGACUGUUAACGAUAAAGACCACUUGAAGAAAACCUUACGGGACUAUCACACUCUCAUUAAGACGAAGGCAGAAAUGGAUCAGCUGUUUGAGGGUUUACAAAACCAGAGUGUUCUGGAAACAAUAAUAAAGUACUCUUUUUUGAUGAAACCUCUGUUUGUUGCUGAGGCUACUGUUCUCAACAAAGUGUAUUUUAAGUCACUUCUGAAGGCCAACUUUUCUUCUGAAACCAAUCCUCGAAGGGGUAAAGAAGAGGCUACGUACAUGUUUCUACUAGACUUCAUUGAGGAAUGUGAAGAUCGAGACGUUAUUACAGAAAAUGGAGAGGUGGUAACUGUCGAAGACAUUCUCAUUUUCUUUACAGGAGCGUCAAAAGAGCCUCCUCUUGGAUUCCCCACACGACCUGUGCUGACUUUCAUUGAAGGACAGCUGGCAACAGCCAGCACAUGUGACCUUUGUAUAAGGAUUCCCUUCAAGCAUGACAAUUAUGAACAGUUCAAGCAGUGUUUUGUACUCUCCCUAAAAGGAAACGAUGGCCUUGGCAUCCUUUGAACUGAACAGUGACUUUUCAUUUUUUGACUCAUUUAACCAACCCGUUACUCACUACUUUGCUCAACUGCUCAACUGCUAGUGUUCACAUCACACUCAUUUCUCAUUAACCGGCCGUUAACUGAAUAUAAUUAUGUGCAAUUAUCAUAAAAUUAAAGAGGAUGUCAAUUAAUGGUUAUGGAAGCUCACCCCCACUCGGUUAUAAGUGUAAUAAUCAUAAUAAAUUAUUGUCAGUUUCAUACACACAAAGUCACACAACAAAUUAAUAUCUAUCUCUAACUAAUAUGGCUGUACACAUAUUGAAUUGUUCUUGCAUACACAUCUAACCCAUACUCAGAACUUAGCUGAACAGGAUCAAUUUGUAUACACAGCUGUUCAUAAUCGUCACUGGUAAGAGGUACGUCUGGUGGAUCCACGCAUACAACACCAUCAUUGUCAGAAGUGAGUGGCCCAUUCCAAUCCAACCCAAACUGAUCGAGUGAUGAUACCUAAACAACGUGACGGAGUGUAGGAGUGUAAAUCAUUUACAUUACAGUGUAAGCUUACCUCAUCAUCACAGAAAUCUGGAUGCGUGCCAGUCAACCAAAGUUGAUUUGGGCUCAGAUUACGCACUGAUGACAAUGGGUGAUUAUUCCAUGCACUUUCGAACUGUUUUAGGCUUUCAUUGAUGCGAGGCACAUACACAUAGUGCAGUGAAAACAGGUGUAGUGGAUCAUCUAUGUUUAAUAUACCAACAUCUUCCAUGUAACAAAAAAGAGAGUAGUACACAAUAAUACAUGAGCUGAACACAUCACGCCAAAGCCUUUCAAUGCGUUGAUUAUGCACGCUUCGGCCACCAAUAAAGCUGCCUCUUCCAGAUACGUAGGGCAAUCAUAUAGUCACUAACAACAACAUUUUCCCCACCUCGGUCAGCCCUCACACGACUUGGAUUGCCAUAAUAGCGGACAGCUUCGGAAAAAGCUUGCAUAACAGUGUCGGCUCUGUUGUUACUGGAACACUUUAAGAACACUAUCAAACGACUGUAACCAUCUAUCCCACCAUGGGUUACUAGCUUCCACCUGAGACCAAAAUGUAAAUACCAUUUUUAUAUAGGGCAGAUUGAAAUGUCAUGUCAGGCCAAACUGACGAGUAAUUACACCUUUACACCUCUACUAUUAACUUACCGGAUCAGCUUGUGGUGUCCGUCAAUAUGCCAUAGGUGUUGAGGACCAGGUACGGAGUAACAUCGCCUCCUGAUAAUCUGGAGCCUCCUUAACACACUACCUUCUGGGUCAACUCGAGACUGUGCCUCUUGUACCCGGUGAUAUUGAACCCGAAUACCACGAGAAAUGAGAUGGCCAUACAUUUGUCGAUUUCCACAGUUAGGAAAUAGGCGCUGGAUGUCAGCUAUGACCUCUUCCAGUUGAUUAUCACUGAGCUGUGAAUAAGUUGAUCGAAUGGACAUAUUGUUCUCAGACAUUCUACGUCGAACGGUACGAAUUGACACACCUAAUAGCUGGGAAAUUUGAGGUACAGAGAAACGGUGAUCAAUAAGGUAUCUGAGCUGAUCACAGGGAAUCUGAAAUGAAGGCCUUCCCACUUCUCCAGAAGCUAAGGUAGGUGUACAAAAUCUGCUCGCAACUGGUCGUGCCACCAGCAUAUCCACCAAAUUGCUCAUUUCCUUAUAAGCUUGUGCUACAUAGCCCAGGGCUUCCGUUUCUGUUUGACUCAAAGAUCCAUCAACAAUCUCUGUAGCCAACAAUUCUCUAUACAUCAACUCUAUCCUCCUCUUGUAACUAUCAGCAGCUUCCAGCGUAGUUACACCAGAGUUCCCAGUAUUCAGAUCGUCGAUAAGUGUUCUAAGGGACUCUAAUAACCAUGAAGACAUGCUGUACUGCACUGUACUAUACUGGCGAGCUGUACUGGUACAGUAAGUAGGGAUACACUCAAACUCUAAGCCUGCGCUUUAAAUAGAAAUACAAGCGAGGUUAAAGUACGUGUACUUUAACCUUAGGAGUACUUUAACCUUAGGAUUUAUUUGGGGGUACUCUUUUUAUUUGGGGGUACUCUUUUUAUUUGAGGGUACUCUUUCCAGUUCAUGUACAUUUAAAAUUAUAUAGAAGAGUAGUUAGUUUAGUAGCUAAACAAUUAUUUUUUGGACCUAAACUGAUAAGUGUAUAUAUUCAGUUUUUAUACCAGUUGACAAAAAGACCCCUGAAUAUAUAUUUUCCAUACCCAGUUGACAAAAAGUGUACCCCUGAAUGUUUAUUUUCUAUACCAGUUGACAAAAAGAGUACCCCCUAGAUAAAAAUACGUAUAUACUCUAAUAUUGCGCCAUAAUAGCGUGCUUAUUAGCAACACAGUAUGAAAAAGCUAUUAUUUGCUAAUAGCAACACGAUAUGAAAUAGCAUUAACCGUUGACGUUGCAGCCAUAUCAAUUUUCAAAAAAUGCACAAAAUUUAUUAGUCCGUAGAAAACAGUGCGUAACUCGAAAGCGCUUGAAGUUUUGAUUGUGCAAGGAAGAAAGACUAUCUACAGGAUGAUUCCUGAAUCACUUACUAUCUCGAAGGUUUGGCAGUGAUCUGUUUCAAUCAAGUACUUGGUUCUACUUUGAUACAAGAUUCGCUAGAAGCUCUAAUAUUUAUUGUGCUAGGUAUAUAGGACGUAGCUGCUGAGUUUGUAGUGCUGAGAGGCCUUGCUUAACUUUUUUUGUGUGUAAGUGCACUAGGUACUAGGUGUGGCUGAUCACCAGAUGGCCACCAGAUGGCCACGUGUGUGAAAGUUAAAACAAGAAGCAGUUGAGUGGCAGUAAGGUUAUAACUCGAAAGCCCUUCGACUUUUGAGUGUGCAAAUUAUCUACAGGAUGAUGCCUACUAUCUGGAAGGUUUGGCUGUCAUCUGCUACUGUCAAGCGGUAAGUAGUAGUUGCGUAUAAUUGCGUAUUUGAUACAUGCCUGUUUAGAUUCGCUAGAAGCUUCAUACAGUAUUGUAGUAGGUAUAUAGUACAUAGCUGUAGUGCUGAGAGCUACACAACAAGGUACUGGGUGUCACUGGAUCUGAGGAACUAAGUAACAGUGGAAGCAAGUAACAGUGGAAGCAAGCAAGCAAGAUAAAAACAGUCCUGCUGUGGGUUACCAUUGUGGCUCCUCGCAGUACCGUCCCUUUCGCUACAACAAAUAUGGGAACAUCUUCCUCGACGUCAUUUCGAUGGACAUGGCCACCAGUACGACCUGCUCGACGCCGACUACGCCAAUUGAAGGCGGAACUCCUUGAUGUUCUUUAGUAGCGUUUGCAUGUAUAUAGGCGUUAGCCACGUCGAACAAAAACAUAAAAACGUAUUUGUAAAACUUUCUGCUUUUUGUUUGGCAGCUGCUCCGCCCAUAAUUAUGCUGGUUGUAA